AUGAAGAGACAACAAAGUUGCCAACGGUUUGAUAAAACCAUUCGGGCGUUGAAGGUCAGCUCCUGUGAAGCUGCACCCAGUGAACCCACUAAGGAAGAAAGUGAGGAUGAAAACGAUAUGGACAUUGUAUCAUACAUGGAACAAAAAUCCUAUGAAGGUAAAAUAGUUAACAUGGGCACAAAAUUAGAUGCAUUUAAACUAAUUACGCCUAUUAUUGUUCAUGGAAUUGAACUAUUAGCAAAAAUUGAUACAGGGAGCGAGGCAACUUGCCUUUUCUUAUCUUCGUAUAACAAGAAGUUAAAUUUAUUUAAAAUAAAUCGCUUAAAAGGAACCUUAAAUUUUAUUUCGAGUGAUGGGCAUAGUGCGAGAAUCGGUAUAACUGAUCCGCUUAAGCUUUCGACGAACGAUACAAAUAGUCACCCAUCUCCAGUCGCUCCUAACAUCCGCAAAGAUAAAGCGGAAGGCUCUACAAGUACCCAGUCUGAUGAUCAACAUAGAAAAAACAGGUCAUGGUUUGUCGGAGAAGGUGAUGACAAUAAACCGGCAAUGGACCGCGUCAAGGAUUUUUUGUUGGAUAACAAUGGCAAGUACCUUGAUAUUUGGAGUGGUAUUCCAGAUAAAAGAACGGGAAAUACAACCCAGGGAAAAUCACGACCAUGGGUAUCUCAACAAUGUGCGGACGAGUUUGCCAAGCAUGGCAUCAAACGAAAGAAGGAAACUAUUCGCACCCAAAUUAUGAAUAUGUUGGCGUCGUAUGGAGAAGCGGCAAGACUCUUUAACCAAACGGGUGCAGGAGCUAAAGGCGACGUCCCAGGUGUAAGCAUGUCCGAAGAGUUCAAGAAAAAAGUAUUGGAAACAUGUCCCCAGUACUUCGAAUUGGAGCCACAUCUUUCUGAUAGGUUUACGGACGAUUCUUGGGCUGCAGACACAGGAACUAUUCAAGAUAAGCCUUUCAAUAAAGAAACGUUUAUUGAGAGUAUUCACAAUAAGCGAUCAAUUGAUGACGUUGCCGUUAUGUAUGAUGAGCUUAUGGAACGUCUUGCAAUUGAAACUGGAGCUAAUGGCAAUCGUGCUGGUAGAAGUGAAUCAUGUUCAAAUGCUACCAAUGACAGUGAAAAGUCGACGUCUGUUGCGGCUCUGGAAACAUGCAUAAAAGAAAGAACAAGGCAGAAUGCAGAGGCCAAAUGGAACGAUAGUCUCAUGCAGAUAGGGAAUCGUCGUUUUGAGCUUUUAAAACUAGACCUGCCAAUUGAGACAGUCAACACGAUCUAUGAACAAGAAGUAGAGCUUCUUAAAAGAGGUCCGUUAGAAUAA